GAAUUCCAGCACGAAGAACACGUGACCAUUUCUGCCAAUCAAUGAGCACCCACGUGACUGGGGAUGAGCCUACAUAAAGCCGGCACGAGCAGCAUGACAGUGAUUGGAGCUUUUGGAGAGAGAAGAUGCUGCUGAAACUGUUCCUGCUCACUGGCAUGAUAGGUGUCAUUACCUCAGGGGACGUCAUCGAUGUACCCGGGCGGUUGGGCUCCGACCUUCUCUUCCAGGUGGAGGACGCCUGCCGCACCAACCACAGGUAUCCCUUUGACAUUUACUCUGAAAAAGAGAAGAUCGGGACGUAUCAUGUAGGAUGGAAAGGACUGAGAAGUUAUAAUGGUCGUCUGAAGUACAACGAGACGACCUGCACAGUGACCCUGACUGACCUGACUGAGGCGGACGGCACCAAAUUCCAAGUCUACUUCCAGUUCGGCAUAGACACCAAAUCCGGACCACAUUACAUCAACUACACCGUCACCAUGAACCCCGGAGACUCCACAACCACCGCUCCACCGCUCCUCACACUCAGCGAACCCACCAAUCAUAACGAGUGCCAGGUUUCUACUAGAAGACUUCUCGGCUUUGUCUCCUUCUGCUUUUCGCUGAACUCUGUGGUUAACGCCAUAUUCACUUUUGUGCUUCUAAUACUGAUAUUAAAACGAUUCUUCGAGAGGCUGGAGGAGCACAGUGUGAAUUUCGCUUGUGGGAUCAUUUGCGGUUUCAUGGUCUUAUCUCAAGUCGUCAGCUUAGGCUUGAUCUCCAGCGAAUGGUCCUAUUCAUGGUUCCUGAUAUUAAUUCCCAUCAUUCUUGUCAUGGACAUAUUGCUAUACUUUGGAUGCCUCCAGAAAUGUGUUGGAGCUCAAAUCACCACCUUCAUGGACAGAUUUUGCAACUCCAGAUGUAAGCAGAUCGCUCACUACAUUUUCAUUCUGCUGCUUCAGGUCGCGUUUACAGUCUGUGUUGGGAUCAUAUACUAUGAGAUCGAUGAUGACAAUUCAAGAGGACAAUCUCCUGAUAAUGGUUAUGUGGCCAUCGCAUUCAUCAUUUCUUUUCUUUUGAAUCUUGGAAUUUUCUUCAUUGGCUACUGUUAUAAAACGAAACGGAAUGGAUUCACUCAAGCUCCUUCCAAGGAAGUUCAAACGGCACCUGAUAACCCUGGAAAGACCUGCGAAACCUUGGUAUGAAGAUUCCAUGAUCUGUCUGACACCUGCCGAGCACCGGUGUCCAAUGUACAUGCUGUGGACAACUCAGAUCUAGUGGACCCAAAUUGUACCUCACUUAAAAUGAUAAAACCUGGGGGUAAGGGCUGUCAUCUGUACUGAAGGACUAGCAGUAGAUAAAAACAAAACAAAAAACAUACUUACCAGAGCUGGAGCGAAAUCUCGCAUGGCCCAAGAUGAGUUCUUACGUCACAGCGCACAGGAUUUAAGUCAAGAUCUUCAAGCAAGAUGGUGGCAGCCGGCCCGUCCCGAGCAAAUGGAGCAGAUUCUUUUUUUGUACUAUUUCAAGUUAAAUUGGUUCACUACCACGAAGCUUAAGGAAAUUCGGCUUUACGGCAAAUCAAAUUUAUCCUGAAAUUUGGAUUGAAGUCCACUUUGUGGACUUCGAUUCGCUCAACACUAUUCAUAAGUGUCAGAAUGUCAGGUAUUCCUAUUCAGUUGAUUGUGGAAAACUGACCUCAAAUUAUCCAGAAUAAUCUGGAAGGAAGAGCAGAAUACUUGAACAUAGAAUGAGAUGCUGUGGGUAUUGUUAGCUGCUGGUAAGUGUUAAUUUCUUCUGUAGCACUCCUAGUGGAGAAAUGGAGUAUUACCUUUUAUCAAUUAAGAGCUACAGAAAUGAAAGAGAUGGGUCCUCCAAAUGGAGGACUGUUCUCCAGGAGGUCCGACAUGCUGUUACAUUUUUAACAGGACAUGUGCAAAGUGUUAUCGAAACAUUUCUUAAAUCUUAUGUUGGCACUGUGAUUUUU